AAUUCACGACGUGCUCACCAAUCAUCGUUGACAAUGAAGCUUUUGGUAUAUUCGUGACAACAAGUAAUGUCGGAAACUAUAUGAUAAAGCAACAAAAGUCAUGAACAUUGAUGCUUUAAGUUUAAAGACCAAAGUUUUCAGUUCCCUAUCACGACGCCAGGAAACUCUUUGAUCUAACUUACCUGGUCGACGAUGUUACUGAAGCCCGGAAGCAAGGUUGUCUCGCCGAAGAAGAGUCUUCAUCGUGACUCGGCCUCAACAUCUCAACAACCAUCUAGCAAAGAUGUGGAGAAACAAUUUGAUCAAAAGACAAAGAAGGUUGAGGGAUAUCUAAUAAAAACAGAGUCGUCUCUCACCAUCAAUCUGAAUACCCGUCUUGUACACAGUACCAUGAGCUCACGAAGCAAUAGCAUGGAAAGCACAUCAUCCAACAAGCCUCACACAGGAGGAGAUAUCAGGUGGGACGCGGUGAACUAUCUGAAAGCCAGAGGAGUCAAGCUCGGUAUCAGCGAUUUCCGCGUCUUGAAACGGCUAGGUUACGGAGAUAUAGGAAGUGUUUAUCUCGUUGAGCUCAAAGGAGCACACAAGACGACGUACUUCGCGAUGAAAGUGAUGGAUAGGGCUUCUCUUGUGAGCAGGAACAAGCUGUUGAGAGCUCAGACGGAGAGAGAGAUUCUGUCUCAGCUUGAUCAUCCUUUCUUGCCUACUCUUUACUCUCACUUCGAGACUGAUAAGUUCUAUUGCUUGGUCAUGGAGUUUUGUAGCGGAGGCAAUCUUUAUUCCUUGAGGCAGAAGCAACCUAACAAGUGUUUCACAGAAGAAGCUGCAAGGUUCUUUGCAUCAGAAGUGCUACUAGCGUUAGAAUACUUACACAUGCUCGGAAUCGUGUACCGAGACUUAAAGCCAGAGAACGUUCUGGUCCGAGACGACGGUCACAUCAUGCUCUCCGACUUCGACUUAUCUCUCCGUUGCUCAGUCAACCCAACACUCGUCAAAUCUCCCUCCGUCCACGUCAGCAGCGGCAGCAAAACUACCACCGGAAUAAUCAACGACGAUGCGGCGGUCCAAGGAUGUUACCAACCAUCCACCUUCUUCCUGCGAAUCCUCCACUCCUCCAAGAAGAACCGAAAGUCAAAAUCCGACAUCGGCGAGGGAUCACUACCGGAACUCAUGGCAGAGCCGGCGAACGUAAAGUCGAUGUCUUUCGUCGGGACCCACGAGUACUUAGCGCCGGAGAUUAUACGCAACGAAGGCCACGGAAGCGCCGUGGACUGGUGGACGUUCGGGAUCUUUAUCUACGAGCUUCUCCACGGAGCGACGCCGUUUAAAGGGCAGGGGAACAAAGCGACGCUUUAUAACGUGAUAGGGCAGCCUCUGAGGUUCCCGGAGAAUUCUCAGGUGAGUUCCACGGCGAAGGAUUUGAUCAAAGGUUUGCUGGUGAAAGAGCCGCAGAAGAGGAUCGCGUAUAAGAGAGGCGCGACGGAGAUCAAGCAGCAUCCGUUCUUUGAAGGUGUGAACUGGGCGUUGAUCCGGGGACAGACCCCGCCGCAUGUGCCGGAGCCGGUGGACUUUUCGUGUUACGAGAGGAAAGAGAAGGAGAAGGAGAAGGAGUUUUUGCCGGUGUUGGCGGCGGCGGUGGCGGACGGAGGGAAGGAGAAGAAGGUGUGUGAUAAAGGUACACGUGGUGGAAGUGAUCCUGAUUACAUCGAUUUUGAAUAUUUCUAGCAUCAACAACGAGGAUCAUAUUUAUAAGAUUUUUUUUCUUUCCUUUACUUGUUACUAAUGUAAAAUUUUAUCUAUCAACAAAAAAAAAACAUUGUUCACAAAUGAAUUUGUAACAUUGAAAGUACAGGUGUGUGUGCCAUAUGCAUCACCAUUACCUUUGUAUGAUAUGGUUAGUGUUCUAACCUGCAAAAGAUUAAGGGCAAAGUGAUAAAGAUGAGUUAAAAGAAAAAGCAUAAUAUAAAGAAACGAAAAGUCGACCACGGUGGGACUCGAACCCACAAUCUCCCGCUCCGGAGGCGAGCGCCUUAUCCAUUAGGCCACGCGGCCUGUUUGUCUUACAACAAAAGUUAUAUAAUAUGAACGGUCAUCUAUUUUACCAUCUUGUUUGGAUUUUUACAUGAUAUGUGUUUGAGAGAAUAGAAACUAUUUGCUGGUUUUCCGUAAGGACUUCGAAUUUUUAACAAUCUCCACAAAGGUAACUAAAACUCCAGAAUCAUAAUGCAGAAAGAAAAUGGACAGGUUCCAAUCCGAGUCUAUGACAUUAUGAUCUUGUAGCUUUUUUCAUCGGACUCUCUCAUGCUGAUGAAGAACCCACCUUGGGCAUGUUUGGUUCCAUUGCCCAUUCAGUCCAAGAUCCAUCAUAGAUUGGCACAUCUGUUUUUCCCAGACGAUGAAGUCCC